AUGAAUAUUCAAAGAGAAGACACGUUUUACUUUGGUGAAGCCGAAGAAUUUGAAAGGGUAACUAAAGCAAUAUAUGAUCAUGUGAUUAUUCAAUUGGCAGAGCACAUCAGAGAAUUAGCAGUAGUUAUAGAUCAUCUAAAUCAGUUUAAGUCAUAUAUUUAUGCAAAUAAAUUUUCAAUAAUAAUAAAAGAUAAAAGUUAA